AUGAGAUUAGUUAAAAAAAAUGUAGUAAUAAAUGGAAUUUAUGAAGCAGGCGUAAGAUAUCCAGAACCCGCAAAUAUUAGUUAUUUAUGGAAUUUUGGAUUUUUUUCGUUAAUUUGUUUAAUUAUACAAUUAGUAAGUGGAAUAUUAUUAGCAAUGCAUUAUUCGGCACAUGUCGAUUUAGCUUUUAAUAGUAUCGAGAGAUUAGUAAGAGAAGUAGAUUAUGGCUGGUUAUUAAGAUAUAUUCAUGCCAAUGGAGCUUCUUUCUUCUUUAUAGUAGUUUAUAUCCAUAUGUUAAGAGGUUUAUAUUUUGGAUCAUACCAAAAACCAAAUGCAAUGUUAUGGGUAAGUGGAGUAGUAAUUUUUUUAUUAUUAAUUAUUACUGGAUUUUUAGGUUAUGUAUUACCUUGGGGUCAAAUGAGUUAUUGGGCAGCAACAGUAAUUACAAAUCUAGUAACAGUAUUACCAGUAAUUGGAGAAGAUAUCGUAAUAUGGUUAUGGGGAGGAUUUAAUGUAGAUAAUCCUACAUUAAAUAGAUUUUUCUCAUUACAUUAUUUAUGUCCAUUUAUAAUCGUAGGAUUAGUUGGAUUACAUAUUAUAUUUUUACGAGAAAAUGGUUCAACAAAUCCAUUAGGAGUAAAAUCACAUGUAGACCAAAUUCCUUUUACACCUUAUUUUACAAUAAAAGAUUUAUUUUCAUUUAUGAUCUUUUUAGUAUUAUUUUUUACAUUUGUAUUCUUUGCACCAAAUUAUUUAGGUCAUCCAGAUAAUUAUUUAAUGGCAGAUUCAAAUGUAACCCCAGCACAUAUUGUACCUGAAUGGUAUUUAUUACCAUUUUAUGCAAUGUUAAGAUCUAUUCCUAAUAAAGUCUUAGGAGUAUUAGCAUUAGUCUUAGCGAUUGUAGUAUUAGCAUUUUUACCAUUCUUAACUAUAGCAGAAGUAAGAAGUUCAUAUUUUAGAAAAAUCCAUAAACAUUUAUUUUGGAGUUUCUUAGCACUAUGUUUCUUUUUAGGAUUUUUAGGAUCGCAACCAGCGGCUGCUCCUUAUUUAAUCUGCGGUUUAUAUAGUACAAUUGCCUAUUUUAUAUAUAUCUUAGUAUUAUUUCCUUGUAUUUAUAUAGUGGAAAAAAUGAUUAUUAAAACAAUAAUGAAAACAACGGUAAAAAAAGCAUAG